AUGGAAUGGAAUCGCCCAUUCAAAAAUUUGCAUUUCAUUCCUCCAAAAUCAUUUCAUCCGUCCCCCAAGUAUUUUUUCCAUUCCAUUCCAUUUUCAUUCUUCAGUAACAACACCACAAUCCACCACUGUUGUCUCCACCCACUACCACCAUCAUCCGCCGUCAUCACCCAUCUCCGUUGCCACCCACCACCGCCGCUGCCGCCACUUGCCGCCGCCACCCACCUCCGUCGCCGCCACCCACCAUCGCCGCAGGCACCUCCGAUCACCGCCACCACCCUUCGAUCAUCGCCGCCACUGCUGCCACCAUCGCUGCCGCCACCUCCGAUCACCGCCGCUGUCGCCACCUCCGAUCACCGUCGCUGUCGCCACCCACCUCCGCCACCGCUAUCAACCGCCACCACCCACCACCGUUAUCAACCGCCACCACCCACCGCCCCUACCACUUGCGACCACCGUCGCCGCCGCUACCACCUUCGAUCAUCGCCAACACCUUCGACACUGCCGCCACCCACCUCCGCUGUCACCACUCGCCGCCGUAUCCACCCACCACCACCGCCAACCACCGCUGCCGCUACAACUGCCACCUAUCACCACCCACCAUCACCGCCCAUCACUGACCACCGCCAUCCGAUUUUAUUUCUUCAUCUUUUCUUACACCGAUAUGACUAUGGGUUUAAGAAGUCAUGUAUAUAA